GAAUGACGAUGAACUCCUGGGGUCUGCUCACUUUAUGGAAGGAACCAAUUCCUUUGAAGAGCAUUGAAGUGCAGCUGGAGGUGAAAGACCAUGUGGCUACAGUGGUUUCUACUCUGAACUAUGAGAACCAGGAGGAUAAACCAAUAGAGGCUGUGUUUGUCUUCCCUCUGCCUGGAGAUGCUGCUGUGUGUCAUUUCAGUGCUCAGAUUGGACAGACACACAUCGUAGCCGAGGUUAAGGAGAAACAGGAGGCUAUGGAGGAGUAUGAUGAUGCUCUGAGCUCCGGGCAGCAGGCCUUCCUGUUGGAGGAGAGUGAGGAGAGUUCAGAUAUCUUCUCUCUGAAGGUGGGCAGUCUGCCUCCAGGAGAGAGCGCCUCCAUUGGGCUGGAAUAUGUCACUGAGUUGGCUGUGCAGGCUGAUGAUGGGCUGAGGUUCUGUCUGCCUGCUGUACUCAACCCUCGAUACCAGCCACAGGGUAGCGAUGGUCCCAGUGGCCAGGUGACCUCAGUUCCAGCCUCUCUGGUUCCCUACAGUCUGUCCUUUUCUGUCCAAGUGUCCUCUCCUCAUGCAAUCUCUAAAGUAGAGUCCAGUUGUUCCCUGGAGCCUCUUCAGUACCUUAACACUGAUCAAACUCAGGCCACGGUCAAGUUGGCUGCAGGACACAAGUUUGACAGAGACAUUGAACUGCUGAUUUAUUACAAAGAUGCCCACCAGCCCACUGCUGUGGUGGAGGCAGGACAGGCUUCUGCCAAACCUGGUUCUCUGAUGGGGGAUCCAGUGGUGAUGGUGAGCUUGUACCCUGAGUUCCCCCAAUCUGUGAUGUCCUCACUCACCUCCUGUGGAGAGUUUGUGUUUCUGAUGGAUCGAUCAGGAAGUAUGGCAUUACCCCUGGACUGCAGCAAUGAGGAAAAACGCUGCAUCAGCAGUGCACGGGACACUCUGAUGCUCCUGUUGAAGAGCUUACCAAUGGGCUGUUACUUCAACAUCUACAGUUUUGGUUCCAGCUUUGAACAUAUCUUUCCUACGAGCAUGGAGUACAGUGAGAAGACCAUGAACAAGGCUCUAAAAGAGGUUGAAAAGAUGGAUGCAAACCUUGGUGGAACAGACAUUCUUCAGCCUCUCCAACACAUUUAUAGCCAGCCCUGCAUUCCUGAACAGCCUCGACAGCUGUUUGUCUUCACUGAUGGAAAGGUGGGAAACACUAAAGAAGUUAUUGACCUUGUUAAGAAGAAUUCAGGCUCCCAUAGAUGUUUCUCCUUUGGGAUCGGAGAUGAAGCCAGCUCUGCUCUCAUCAAUGGGAUGGCCAAAGAGGGAGGAGGUCACGCUCAGUUCAUCAUAAGGACUAACAGGAUGCGACCAAAGGUUAUGCAGUCACUCAGGGUUGCUCUGCAUCCCAAUGUGGGGGACAUUUCUGUCUCUUGGGAUUUACCAAAGCGAGUGUCUGCCACCAUUCUCUCUCCACCACCAGCAAUCUUUCAGGGUCAGAGGUCCCUGAUUUAUGCUCAACUCACAGGACAGAGUUCAGAUGCAACAGAGGGCAGCGUGACAGUGAAGUACACCCUGGCAGGUCAUCCCCACCAGAACCAGUUGCACUUCGAUUUAAAACCUGCAGAGGACUCUGGAUUAACAGUCCACAGGUUAGCCUCUCGCACUGCCAUUCGCUCCUUGGAGUCGCAGCAGAGGACACAAAGUGGACAGCAGGAUGAAGAAGUGAAGAAGAAGGUGGUGGAGCUCAGUGUCCAAUCAGGAGUGAGCAGUUCUUUUACUGCGUUCAUUGCUGUCAACAAAGCCAGGCAGUUCAAGUCAGCUCAACGACCAGUGGUGCUCAGAUAUAUUCCAAAAGAUAACCUUAAAUCCUUACGGACAGACAUUCAGCCCCCGCGGCCUGGUAAAAACCUUCUGCUGCAGCUGGUCUCCCUACAGAAGGCAUCCGGCUUCUGGGAGCUUGAUACAGAUCUGGCCACUGUGCUUGGAAAGAUCAAAAAGGAGGUGAAGAAGUCAAAGCCAAAAUCGGUGGGUUACUCUCAAUAUAAGGAACAAUAA